AUGGGGACCUGGAUUUUGUUUGCCUGCCUCCUGGGAGCAGCCUUCUCUAUGCCCCUACCACCUCAUCCUGGGCACCCUGGUUAUAUCAACUUCAGCUAUGAGAGCUCAUAUUUUCAGGUUGUCCGUAUUGACGGGACUGCAUCAGUGAUGCUUACCCCUCUGAAGUGGUACCAGAACAUAAUAAGACACCCGUACCCGUCCUACGGUUACGAACCCAUGGGUGGCUGGCUGCACCACCAAAUCAUUCCCGUGGUAUCCCAGCAGGCUGCCCUGCAGCCUCAUCACCACUUCCCCAUGGUGCCAGCCCAGCAGCCCGCGGUCCCCCGGCAAACCAUGGUGCCAGUUCCUGGCCAGCACUCCAUGACUCCAAGCCAACCCCACCAGCCACACCUCCCUGCGCCCGCCCAGCAGCCCGUCCAGCCGCAGCCUCACCCGCCCCUGCUGCCCCAGCCGCCUCUGCCUCCGAUGUUCCCCAUGCAGCCCCUGCCCCCCAUGCUUCCUGACCUGCCUCUGGAGGCUUGGCCAGCAACAGACAAGACCAAGCGGGAGGAAGUGGUGAGUACACCGUGA